AUGUUUUCAGUCAAUCGUUUAUUUCAAGUCUGGGGUUUAUUUCAACUCGCAGCAUUUGCAGUUGCCAGCGAUGGGUUUGUUAAAGUCGACUUCGACGUUUAUCAAGGGUUGAACUUAUCAGCUGCUUUAUCAAGCUACUCACAAAUCUCUAGAAGAGACGGGUCCUAUGAUGUGUCCUUGGUUAAUGAGAGAUUAUUCUACGUUUCAAAAUUGCAAAUCGGAACUCCAGAAAGUGAAGUUAGUGUUUUAAUAGACACAGGAUCGUCAGAUUUAUGGGUCAUGUCAACAAAGAACCCACAAUGCCAGGAUAACGGUGGUUCUAUUGACUGUGAAAAGUACGGCACGUACAACGAAUCAGCAUCAUCUACCUUCCACGACAACAAAACUGACUUUUCUAUCCAGUAUGUUGACCAGUCCUACGCUAAGGGAACUUGGGGUACCGAUACUAUUUCUUUAAAUGAAGCUUUGAAAUUGGAAAAUGCAAGUUUUGCAGUAGCAGAUGACUCUGACUCUGAUGUAGGUGUUUUCGGUAUUGGAUUCAAGGGCUUAGAAAGUAACCCAGAACAAUAUUCUAAUUUACCAAUCACUAUGAAGGAACAAGGGUUUAUCAAGAAGAUUGCAUACUCGUUAUACUUGACCUCAGCUGAAUCUGAGUCUGGGUCAAUUUUAUUUGGCGCUAUCGACCACGCUAAGUACGACGGUGAAUUAGCUGUCAUAGAUAUCAGUAAGAUUAAUGGUGACUAUGGAUACUUACAGAUUCCAUUGACUUCAGUUUCCGUAGAUGUGAAAUCGAAUGUUGAUAGCCAACCAUCUGAUAACACAGUUCCUUCAACUGGAUCUAGUUUGAGAUCUUUCAACAAUUCGGGUGCUCAACCUAUCGAGGCUAAUAACUCACAAGCAUUAUUAGACUCUGGAACCACUUUGACAUAUUUACCAGAUUCCUUAGUGCAACAAGUCCUCGAACAAGCUGACAAGAAUGCUUCCUACAGUCCACUGGCUGGUGGUUACAUUGUCUCAUGUACCUUGAGACAGCCAGAUAAUAGCAUGACUUUCAGAUUCAAUGACGAGAAGGAUAUCAAGGUUCCAUUUUCAGACCUUGUCAUGCAAUCUGGCCAAGACCCUAACACUGGCAAGGCUAUUUGUUUACUUGGUCUUUUACCAAGUCAAGAUGUUAUUCUUGGUGACAAUUUCUUGAGAUCUUCCUACACUGUUUUCAAUUUGGAUGAUAAGACAAUCUCUCUUGCUCAACUCAAGCAGACUAACGACGAGGACAUCGAAGUGAUCAACUGA